AUGGAGGACCACGGCGCCGGCUGCCACCCCCUGCUCCACGGCCACCUCCAGCCGGCCCACGCCGCGCUCGCCUACGGCCCGUGGGACUCGCCCCUCGCCGCGUUCGACGACGGCAACCAGCAGCAGCAGCAGCUGGAGUGCUUCUCGACGGCGUCGGAGCUGCGGGACGCGCUGCUGCGCGCGCUGGCCGAGCUGGAGGCGGCGCGGGGCGCGCACCGGGAGGAGCUCCGGCGCGUGGAGCACGAGGCGGCGCGGCUCGUGGCGUGCGCGGCCGCCGAGCGCGACGAGCUCCGGCGCCACUGCCACUCCCUCCUGCUCCUGCUCCACCACCACACCGCCGCCCAGCAGCCGCCGCCGCAGAGCGUGCCCGACCCGCCGCUCCACGGCGUCCUGGGGCUGGGAGGAGGAGGAGCGGGCGCCAUGGACGAGGCCGCCACGUCGGAGGAGGAGGCGGAGGUGGAGAUGGCGCUGGCGCGGCGGCUGCCGGAGAAGGGCCGGCUGGUGGAGGCGGUGGUGUCGGCCGGCCCGCUCCUCCAGACCCUGCUCCUGGCCGGCCCGCUCCCGCGCUGGCGCCACCCGCCCCCGCCCGCCUCGGCCGACGUCAUACCGCCCUUCAACCCCGGCCGCCCCGACGGCAACUACUCCCUCUCGUCCGCGUCCGCGUCGUCGUCGCCGGAGAGCAACUGCAGCGGCGGGAACGCCCCGCCAGCGGCAGCUCAGCCGCAGCAGCACGCGCUCCCCUGCUUCCACAUGAGCUCCUCCUCCUUCUGCAUGUAG